GCCAGCUCUCCAGACUGUCAGGCAGAAUAAAUCACCGACCGUACCGUGGCGUAUAUAUACGGCAAGCAGUGUAAUAACCUCUAAAACUAUAGUCAAUUAAAUAAGAUUAUUUCUUGUUCAAAAGCUAAGAAAUGAAGCAUGAGAAACGUGAUCGUUGACGGAAUUGCGUUAACCGCUGUCAGCCAGGGGAUGGUGCUAAAGAGGUCCAUUUAUAUGGUGUGACUGACAGCCGACCUGUGGUUGCCCCUUGUAGCCUCUAUGCGUGUAGCCUGGUACUUCCUGUGUUUAUUCCGACUUCCCCCUCAGACAGAUGGCGAGCGGACAGCUGUCCAGAGCGGAGGCGUUGACACGCGAGGGCGUCAGGCACGCCUGCCACGUGAUGCUCUACUGCGACACCCGGUCCAAGCUAUUCCAGAGAACGCCCAUCGGACACGUCGUACUGAUGCAGAUGCGUUUUGACGGUCUGUUGGGUUUUCCUGGCGGCCUGGUGGACCCUGGAGAGAGCCUGGAGGCGGGGCUUAGCAGGGAGGUGAUGGAGGAGACGGGCGUGGCCCUUGCUUUCUGCGAGGAGGAUCACAUGGCGUCCUGCUUGGCUCCGACCACCUCCGGCCCCCCCUCGGCCCCCCCCCUGAUAACACACUUCUACGUGAAGAAGAUGGAGGAGGAUCAGAUCAGGGCCAUGGAGGUAGCGGGCCCCUCCAGGGCCGCGGACCACGGCCUGGAGGUAGUCACUGUGUGUCCUGGCGUGGUGCGCGUCCCGCUGUACUUCUUGAGCGACGGCGGCGGUCUCCGCUUCCUGUCACAUGGUUUCGCGGGGAACGCCCGCUCCCAGCUGCUGGACGCUCUGAGGCGCUACCACCUGGUCGCCCCCGACGACCUGGGCCGCGCCCUUGCCUCGGCCGCCCAGGUGACCGCGCGCUCGGCGGCCGGCCUGCAGGGCGCACUCGCCGAGGACACACUGCAGAGCUCCUCAUAGACACACGCACAAUGGACACGCACACAAACGCACACAAACACACACACUGUACACACACACACACACACUGUACACACACACACACACACACACACACACACUGUACAUACACA